UAAGCCCGUUAUCCCGACGUAAACAAACACGGCAGCUCGAAAGUUAAGUCUGCGAAAAUGAAUAUCUUGAGACCUCCAACAGCAUGGAUAAAUGGCCGUUGUUAUCGCAUAAUUAGUCCUCUAACAAGCCAGGUGACAACUGGAUAUAUGGAAGAGGACGCCUAUGGAUUUGAAGAUGCAGUGUACCAGGAUGAGGUAGAGUGUGGUGGGGAACAUCCUGAAAUUCAAGUAGAAGUGCUGAAGAAUGGAAAAUUCCAAACUUCAAUUCCAGUUCCAAGCACAUAUUUUUCAUACAUCAUUGGAGCAAAGGGAGCUACAAAAAAAAGAAUUGAAAUGGACACAUACACAAAUAUUCAUAUACCCGGGAAAGGACAAGUCGGAGAUAUUGUGGUGGUUGGGAAGGAUAUGAAGACUGUGCGUCAGGCGCGAAUGAAAGUUGAAUUACUGGUGGAUCAGGCUCGGAAGAAACAGCCAUUCACUCAUUUCCUGUCAAUACCUUUUAACAAGCCUAAUAUUCAAGAGAAAUUCUUGGAAUUUAAGAAAGGAGUCCUUGAGAAAUGUGGAGAGAGUAGAGGUGUCGAUGAAUCAAUAUUCCAAGACCCAAAUAAGCUCCAUUUAACAUUAUGCGUGAUGGUGCUUGCUGAUGACCGGGAACGACAUCAGGCUGUUGAGACUCUCAAUACGUGUCCCGAAAAUGUUUUAAGACGUCUUUUGGCUGGAGAAAAACUACGUUUAGAAAUGAAAGGAAUCGAAUACAUGAAUGAUGACCCAGGUGAAGUGGAUGUAUUAUAUGGCCAAGUAAAUGCUCUAAGCUGGUCACAUUCUCUCCAAACUAUAGCAGACUCUCUGGUUGAAGAAUUUGUUAAGGCCGGUUUAGUCACCAAACAGUAUGAAAGAGUGAAGCUACACAUAACCCUGAUGAAUACAAUCUUUAGGAGAGAUUCAGAUGGAGUCACGGAAGCAAAGGCUGGGCGGGACCGUGAAACUUUCUCUGCUCGACAAAUCUUGGAGGAAUUUCAAGACUAUUACUUUGGAGAGAUGGAAGUCGAGGAGGUCCACCUUUCUGUCCGUUACACAACUGCCAAUAACGGAUUCUACUCUGCGUCAGGAAAGAUACAGGUGUUGCCCGCAUCCGAAGGGUAGUCUUGAGAUUAGGAGAAGCUCUUGCUACCUUUUGCUGUGAUAGAAAUGCCUAAAAUGUGUGAGAAAUUGGUGUUGUUGGGAUUAUAUUUAUGUUGGUGAUAAUGCAUCUUUACAUGUUAUGUUAAUGUUGACAGAAAUUUAUCAUUACAUAGAUAAUGUGCUUUGAUUUAUUUGAGGAGGGAGGGGAGUUCUCAAUUUAAAACAGUGGGCUAAAAGGGGAUCUUGUGAUUAUGAUUUUUAUAAUUAGGGAAUUAUUUUGUAAAAUUGUCAAGUUAUCCUUCUUUAAAAUUUUAUUCGAUUAAGAUCAUUUAAAAUCUAGGUUCACAGUAAACUGUGAAAUGAAUAUGUUUGAAUUUAUUAAGUUGAAUUAUAUGAAGAAAAUUUAUAAGAUUUUCUUCAACCUUUAA